GACAAUGCAUCAAUAAUAUCUUUGGAAGGCAAAAUGUUUCCGGUCGAUAUACAUUAUCUAAAAACUCCGUGUUCUGACUAUGUGGAAACUUCAAUACAAACUGUUUUUGAUAUUCAUGUUCAGCAACCUCCAGGAGAUAUUCUCGUAUUCUUGACUGGACGCGAUGAAAUUGAUUUUACUGUUGGCGAAAUUUUACAGAGGGCAACAAC